CGUUGGUUCCAUACAGGGCGGAGGAAAUGGCCUCGUGAGCGGCUUCACUUCUUCCGCGGCGGCGAUGGAAGCGGCGGCGGCGGCGGAGGCGGAGGCGGGGGCGGGGGCAUACGAGGAGAUGCUGCGGGUGGUGGAGGCGUGCGCGAUGCGCAUCAGGUGGCGCCUCCGCCCCGGCUCCAAGCGCCGCCUCCUCAACGAUAUCCUCUUUCUGUGCACCGGGUUGCGGCCUGUGGUACUCAUGGACUAUGGUGGCACGAUGCCUCAGCUACAAGAGAAUCUUUGCAGCCUGCUGCAUCAUGCCCGGCAGGAAACAAGCAUAUUGAGUCCACUUCGAGUAAUGGUUAUUAAUGAUAUGCUUUACUUGAUCCAUAUUAAAGGACUUGCUGAACAUGCAUCGCCAAAAGAAAGGUCACAGCACCAGCUAGCUUUCAUGGACCUAGAGAAAAGCUGUUGCAAACUGCUUACAAACAUAGAAGCGAAUGACACUGUUCUGGAGAUGUUAUCUAUCCAAGAUCGAUUUUCAGCUAAAUACCCUGUUGACAAAGCUGUAGAUGCGCCUGUCAUUCGACCUGGAAUAACAAAGCAAAUGUCAGGACUUCCAGAGAGAACUAUUGAUGGGGAGUGCACUGACAAUCACAAUGACAACAGAACCUUACUGCUGGUUGAUCUGAGUGCCUUCCUCGAGACCACCCAAAUUGCCUUGCCCUCUCUGAAUGGGUGGCUUUUAGGUUAUCCGGUAACAUAUUUGUUCCGCAAUGGAAGUGCUGAGGCGGCUAUACAGAAUCUCUCCAUGCACUCUCUGCAUAUCUACCGAGUAUAUGUGUGCGGAAGUUGUCAGUCAGGUGGCAAACAAUCAGAAGAGGAACUGAUGAGUUUUUCAGUUCCCUGCGGCCUGAGCAUGAGGCGUGAAGAAGAGCCAUGGGCCAAAUCAUUUAUAGCUCGCAUGAGUGAGAAGCUCAGCCGAUGCAACCAAGUCUGGGCAUCCAUGAGGUUAGAGGUUGAGGUUUUUCAGAGCCAAUCGCAGGUCAUUGUGUUAUAGUUGGUCAGGAAUAUAGGAUGCACUUUUACAGCUUGAUAAACUCUUCUACAAGGACCUGCGACAUAUCAGAAGCGUUGCCACCCUGAAACAUGAGCCCAAAGGCCCGUGCAGAUUUGUGGGCCUUGACCAGUUGACUUGCUUCAGCUCCUGGGUACACACAGCAAGAAAUGAAGCAUACAUGCAAGUGAUGGAUGUAGAAGCCGGAGUUCAUCCCCCAUUAUCUAAAUAAACAUCCAUGAGGUUAUACUGUACUCGAGUUUUUGUUUUGAAAUUUCAAUCUGCAUGGAGUACAAGUGCCAGGAACGUGGAGUACUUUUUAAUCGUUGGUGUUGACGUGUUGUAUACUGCCCCAUUGAACCUUUGAAUCUCCAAACCCAACUAUCCUUUUUAAAUGGAAAAGAGUUCCCAUUUAACCUGAACC